ACUGAGCAUAGUCAGUUGUACCCCUUAUUGUUUUCACCUGUUUAUGUUCUGCUUUAGAAUGAGUUCACAGCCACUUCAUUAUUAAAACACACUGUACCCCUGUGUUUAGGAUGUCACGGGCACUGACCCGCGUUGCCACUGGUUACGAGGUCAGAAGAUCACGGACAUAAAAACUGUGGCCUGGAUGAUCACCCUUAGCGAUGGGGUUCAUAACUUUAUCGACGGUUUGGCGAUUGGAGCCUCGUUCACUGUGUCUGUGCUCACCGGCUUCAGCACCUCCACUGCCAUCGUCUGUGAGGAGUUUCCACAUGAACUAGGAGACUUUGUGAUCCUGCUGAACGCUGGGAUGAGUGUCCCACAGGCCAUUUUCUUCAACCUGUUGUCUGCUGUGUCCUGUUACAUUGGUCUGGUGCUGGGGAUCCUUCUUGGGAGCAGCUUUGCCCCUAAUGUGAUCUUCGCUAUUGCCGGAGGAAUGUUCUUAUAUAUUGCUUUAGCUGAUAUGUUUCCAGAGAUGGACAAUAUCGCUCGGGAGCAGUCUAAGCGCUCGUCCAAAAUUGUAUUCUUCCUGAUCCAGAAUGCAGGACUCCUCACCGGAUUCACCAUUAUUCUCCUCAUAACGAUGUUCGCCGGAGACAUCAACCUGGGCUAAACUGGACCAAAACUAAAUAAAAACCCUUAAGUCACAUGCUGCUUAAAAACCUGCUUUCUCAACAGAGCAGGAAGGAAAGUGAAUGUAAAAACCAAAUGCUUAAGGAAAACUUUUAACUUUUAGUGGACUGUUUACUCCUAUUAAAGGGAAAAUCUUUGCAAUCAUUUGUAUGAAAUGUAGUUAAAUUUAUUUUAAGGAGACAAUAAAUUAUUUUUUCAGUCUUCA